AUGACAGACCCCAGACCCCACAACGCCUACGUCCCCGGCUACAAGCCCGCGCACAUCAAAAACCACACCUGGCGAACCGCAGAAAACAGCGCCCCACAUCUCAUCCCCGUCCUGCAAUCCAAAGCCCAAACAAACCCCAACACCAAACUCCUCGAUUGCGGCGCAGGGCCAGGAAGCAUCUCCGUCUCCCUCGCGAAAUACAUCCCCCAAGGCGAAGUCACCGCCACAGACCUCUCGGAAGAAGUCAUCCAGCGAGCGGCCACGCUAGCCGAAACGGAAGGCGUGACGAAUGUCAAAGUUCAAGCGGCGAGUAUUUAUGAGCUUCCGUUCGAAGACGACAGUUUCGAUGUCGUGCAUGCGCACCAAGUGCUCUGCCACCUCGACCAACCCCUCGAAGCGCUGCGCUCCAUGCUCCGCGUCUGCAAACCCGGCGGGGUCGUCGCGUUACGGGAAGUCGAUAUGCGGAUGUGGAGUUUCUGGCCGGAAUCAGAGCCUUUGAAACAGUUCCAUAAACUCAUUACGCUUGUCAUGGGCGCGAAUGGAGGAUAUCCUAACAUCGGGCCGCGGCUUGUGUCGCUGGCGAUGCAGGCGGGGAUUCCGAGGGAGAGGGUUCAGGCGAGUAUGGGGACUUGGUGCUAUAGUACGAGGGAGGAGAGAGAGGUUUGGGGCGGGACGAUGAGAGACAGGGUUCAGGCGGGGGAGAUGCGGAAGGUGGCUUUGGAGAGGGGCCUGGGGUGGGGUGAGGAAGAUAUGGAUAAGAUGGCCCAGGCUUGGGACGAGUGGAUCGAGGCUGAGGAUGGAUGUUUUGGGUGUUUGCAUGGGGAGGUGCUAAUCACGAAGUGA